CUCUCUGCCACAACCCCAACCCCCCCCCCCCCCCGCUCCCAGAAGUCACUCCAUCCGUGUGGACUCCCACCUUCCAGCCUGAUGUCUGAUGUUGGCAUCAAGUUAUGGUCAGUGGAGAGCAGGAUACGGAUACGGAUAUGCAGCCUGACACACGCAGCCAUGCAGCCCUCCCCUCUCCUCCCCUCCCCUCCGCAGACUAGCUCCGGGAAUGCCAUUGAUCCCCUUACUGAGGCCGGAGCACAGUGGGACCCUGGGGGUGGGCAGGGGUGGGAGCUGGGAUUUGAAGUGAACGUGCAGAGUCACUGGUGUCACGGGGCAGGGGAAGGGGUGCGGUCUGGAAGACCAGGCCCCCUCUUUCAGGCCCAGCGGUACCCCAGCCUCCCUGGUUCCCCUCGAGGAAUUGGAGAACCUGAAGUUCAUCGGUGAAGGUGGGUUCGGGGCGGUGUUCUGGGCGCGACACAGGACAUGGGAUUUAGAUGUGGCAGUCAAGAUCAUGAACAGGAGUUGGUGCUGGGGAUGUGUUACCUGCAUAGCCAGAAUCCAGUGCUUCUGCACCGGAACCUCAAGCCCUCCAACGUCCUGCUGGACUCAGACCUGCACGCCAAGCUGGCAGAUUUUGGCCUAUUCACAUUUCAAGGAGGCUCAACGUCACUGGCAAGAUCUGAGGAGUUAGCCCUAGCCUACUUGGCCCCAGAACUGUUGGCUGAUGGAAACCGGAGAGCCUCCAUGGCUAGCGAUGUCUACAGCUUCGGGAUCCUAAUGUGGGCAGUGCUAGCUGGAAGAGAAGCUGAGAUAGUGGCCCAGAAAUCAGCAGUACAGGAAGCAGUGUGUGAGAGGCAGAUCCGGCCCCCAUUGACCAAGCUGCCUCAGCCCAGCCCGGAGACUCCUGGUUUGGAAGGACUGAAGAGGUUAAUGCAGCACUGCUGGAGCCCUGAGCCCAAGGACAGGCCCUCCUUCCAAGAAUGCCGACCAAAUACCGAGGAAGCCCUCAUUCUGGUAAACAAGGAGAUGGAUGCCGCAGUCUCCAUGGUGAAGAAGUUCCUGUCUGAGCACAGGGGUAGCAACAGGAUGUUGUCUGCCCCCAAGCCAGGCCCAGGAGGGACAGAAAUGGAUGAGCCUAGGGGAACCACAGGAAGCCAUGAUUCUAUAGCCUCUGAAAUGUUGAACAAACUAAAUCUGAAGGAGGCCCCCGGCUGUGUUCCUAAGAAAUGUACAAAUCUUCCUGAGAGGAUCAGGACACAGGGAGACAAGGUUCAGCCUUCCCGGAGAGCAGGGAUACCUUCAGCCUCAACAGCCCCAUCUCCCCAAACUCCAGAGACCUCACCUUUCAGAAAUCAUACCCACAGCCCCAAGUUGGCUUGGACCCCAGGUCCUGGGCCCAAAGGGAAUCGGGGGGCUAAGAGACAUGGCACCAACCAGCCAACCAGGGCACCAGGGCUUAAUCCAAUACCAGGGCCGCCAUCUGUUAUCAUAAGUGACAGCCAUGCGGUACAGGUGGGAGACAACAACUACUUGAUUAUACAAGGAGGAACUGCCUUAUCCACACAGGGCCAGGCACCUUGGGGCAUGGGUAGAGGCUGGCAGCGUGCUCCCCACAAGUAGGUGGGGAAGAAGGGCCACAAGAACCAAGAAGCCUGGAGUGGGCUGCAGGGCCAGUACAAAGCAGGUUCUGAGCUACCUUUUGGACUUGAAGCAAUUAACUGAGACUUUCUUUAAGGGCCAUCUGGCCUGCAGCCAAACUGACUUUGUGCAAAGAGGAGUCAAUAAACGUGGUGAAUUUUU